ACCGGAGACCCACUUCCAGUUGCUCAGUCGUUCCAAGUACUUUCGGCUGUUCGGGCUUUCGUUUCCUUCUUCAAUCAGCGCUCGCGUUCUACGUCUAAGCCGGCUACUAGUCAUCCAAAUCCAAAACCGCGCCGCCAGUUACUAUUGUUGGCCAGAAAGGCUAGUGUAGCGGGGGUGGGGGUGGUUGGUGUAGAAGUAGAAGUAAGCAAGCAACAGUAACAGCAACGUGUAACGAAACAAUAGUUACUGGACCGGUGCCUAUUAUAGGAAGCUAGGAGGUGACUCAGAUCCCGUGUGUCAAGUGGUUCGCGCGAUUCCAUGGAGCAGCUCGUACAGUGGAUUGUCGGGCUGUCGUACGCGUCGGCCGGCCUGGUGUACGGCUAUCUGCUGGUGCUGCCACUCGCGUCCGACACCACCGUCGCCUGCCUGUACGAUGAAACACUCUACUGGCCGCACAUUAUCAUCAUCAUCGCGAUGAUCAUCACCGUGCUGGUGACGAAUGGGCUCAAGCUCAACAACGGCAAGACGCAGUUCGUCCAUCUGUACCUGCUGCUGGCCGGGGCCUUCUUUGCUCUGGCCGCCGGUCUCGUUUUCCUGCUGGCUGCUGAUGUGGUGCCGGCCAUCUACCUGGGUGCGGUAUCGAUCGGUUUAACACUCGUGCCCGGGCUGAGCUACCUGCACAUCCGUUGUACGGGCCGGUACCGCGUGACCUACAUGUCGCUCUGCACCUUCUGGUAUCUCGUAGGAAUUGCUUCGAGCGCAACCAUCUCCGCCAUGGCGUUUGAUGGGGAGGGCCCACUCACCGGUACCAUGCAGCAGGAGCAGCGCGAACAGUUCCACCAGAACGUGGCGAUCGCACUGCUGGCCAGCAGCUCGUUCACCAUCGUGCUGCUGGCGGUGGUCGAGAUGCUGCAGCGCGAAGCGAUCGUCGACUACAAGCGGCCGCUCGAUCUCGAUACCGCGAUCGCACACGACAGCGGCAAACUGGUGGCCCGCCGUUUCCACUCCCGACUCGACUCGUUCGCGUACUUUGGUCGCUCGACCGAGCAGCUCGCCGCCCCCGCAGCGAUGCACUUCGGCGACAACCGGUACCGGACGCUGUGGACGGUCUACUCGAUCGCAACCAAGCUGGUCGGGCUGCUGGCCUUCUACUGGGUGCUACUGUUCCUUGGCUUUCAGGCCAGCAUCAACCUGUUCGAGCAACCGAACGCCUGGUACUGCGUGUUCUGGUUCAUGGCGGCCGGUGCACUGGUUAGCACGCUCGCCAGCCCGCUCCUACCGCCCAAGGUGCUGUUUCUGCUCUCGUCGGCCCUGUACGUGGUUGGGCUGGUCCUGUGCGUUGCCUUCUACGCGUCCGAUCGGUCGGCGCUGCACUUCGGCAUCGCCAAGCUGCUGUACUUUGCGUUCGUCGGCUGCACCCUGCCCCUGCCGUCGAUCAACAUCCUCGAGCUGGCCCCGUUCAACUACAACGAGACGAUGCUGGCGUUCGGUACGCUGCUCGAGCUGCUCGGCAUCGCUUUACUGCAGUACUUCGGCAGCCUCGAUGGUACGCUGUUCGGCAUGGAGGAGGUCGGUCCGCUCGGUAUCGAUGUGCGACCGGUCGAGUCGCACAAGGGCGUGAUCGCGUCGCACUACGUCACGGCGAUCGUGCUCGGCCUGGUGCUGGCCCUGCUCGUGCUCUGGCACAUGCCCGGCACCCAGUGGAAGACGCUGCCCGCGAUCGAACACAAGAUCGGUGGGAUGCGCUCGUACUUUGCCUUCAGCCGAAAGGAUCUGCUGACGGCUGGUGGUGCGGUGCCGCGGGGAGCCGCAGUCGGGGAGCCGGAUCCUUACACCGCAACCACCAACGGUGGUCACGCCGUCAGCAAGCGGAACGAGGAGCUCCGGUACACGGCGUACGGAGGGGCCGGUUCGCACACGUCGUACGCCGGUUCGUACGACAGUCACAGCCCCAGCAGUGACCCGUUCCAGGACUUUGAGCUACACACCGAGGGUUCACAGCAGCUGCACGCACGAUCCGCGAACGGACUCGAGAACGGUGGUGCUCUUGGGCCUGCCAUGUACAACGGAACGCAUCAAUCGCUUCCCAACCAGCACAAAAUGAACAACAUCAAUGCAGGCCUCCGGUACGCCAAACAGCAACAGCAGCAACAGCAAUUCCCAACUAGUGCCAGUCCCAUGGAGGACCACGGUGAGCUGGAGGGCUACAUCAUCGAGCGGGGACAGAUCCUGCAACCUCGCGCACUGCUACAUGACGGCUCGCACGUCGGUAGUCACUCGAGCCUUCAGCCUAGGGAGCUACAGGACGCACCGACUCCACCGCCGAUGCCGCCGGCCGGCUAUCUGACCAAAUCGCUGCCGCGUGUCAAGGCGGUGCGGCAGUCGCGCAUUCCGCCGCUAAUACCGAAGCCGGAGCGAGAGGAGGAGGUGGUGAUACCGGGUGUCGAGUAUCUGCCGAACCUCGUCCCAAGCCAGUUCCUGCGCCAGUCCGUCCAAACCGGUACCAACAUCUUCCUGGCAUCCGCUGGCUACAGCUCGCCAAACCGUUCCAGUUCUAGGGACCAGUGACCGUAGUGCACCGCUUUCCCAUUGCAACCCUUCUGUUGACGUGCAAGUCAUUCACUUGAUUCAAUGGGCAUGGCGCGCGAAAAAUUGGUUUUCUAAAAUCCAAUAAAUAAAAUAAAUACCAAACUCCCUCAUGUCCUUUUUACCACCGCUAUUCGCAGGCUAGCGCGUGAAAAAUCAAAGAAAUCAAUUGGCCCAGCUUCUUACUCUAAAGCGGGGGCUAAGGUAUUUAUUUUUUUCUGUAACAUAUGCUUUUUAUGUUUCUCCGUGAAUAUUUUUCACGAAUAUUUUGCAAAAAUGUUGGAUUAAUAGAAGAAAAACUGACAGAGAUUUUUGGAAAUCCGCAAAAGAUGGCUCUAUACCGCUCGCUACUUUGAAACGCGUUCCCAACAACUUUCUUUCCAAAAAAGGGUGCUUCGGUGCCUUUUCAAAAUUUUGCCACAUUAUCAGAACACUCUUUUUCUGGCAGCCCCG